UUAGGGUUUAAACGGUCAUUCUUGCAUUCGUUUAUAGGGUUUUGCCUCCCAUCUCUCCAAAAAGCAAUUCAACCAUGGAUGAGACCUCAAACCCAGUGGCCCAUCCAAGGAAGAAGAAGGCUCCCAGGAACCAGACCGCACAAUCCCAGCUCCAAUCAGCACUUGCAACGUGUACGAAGGCCAACGACCUCCCAACCGCCCUUUCCCUAUACCAGAACGCCCUCUCCCAAAACCUCCACCUCACCCCUUCCCAUUUCAACAGUCUCCUCUAUCUCUGCUCCUCAUCCCACGAUCCUUCCAUCUCCACCGUCGAAACCGGCUUCCAAAUCUUCGACCGCAUGAUCGCCGCCAGCAUUGCACCGUCCGAAGCCACCCUCACUGCUGUGGCCCGCCUCGCUGCUGCUAAAUCGGAUGGCGAUCUGGCCUUCAGGUUGAUCAAGGAGAAUGCUUCCAAGUAUGGGAUUUUACUGAGACUGAGAACAUACGGGCCGGCGUUGUUUGCAUUCUGUGCGAAGAACGAGGCAGAGAAGGCAUAUGAGGUCGAGGAGGAGAUGAUCGCGAAUGGGGUUUCUCCGGAGGAGGUGGAGAUUUCCGGGCUCUUGAAGGUGAGCGCGGAAAUGGGGAGGGGCGAUAAGGUUUAUGUGUAUUUGCAGAAGAUGAGGAAUGCAGUGAAAUGUGUGAAGGAAGAGACAGCAGAGGUUAUUGGGACAUGGUUUAAGAACGAGGCAGCGGCAGAGGUUGGGGGAUUGUCGUCGGAUUGGAAUGUGGGUUCUGUUCAGGAGGCGGUUUUGAGGAAUGGUGGAGGGUGGCAUGGGCUGGGGUGGUUGGGUACAGGGAGGUGGUAUGUCUGUCGAUCGAGGGUUGGGAUAGACGGAGUGUGUGGGUGCUGUGGGGAAAGGUUGGUUUGUGUGGAUGCUGGCAAGGAAGAGACAGUGAGGUUUGCGGGGUCGAUUGUUGAGUUGGCGAUGGAGCGGGAGGCCAAGUCAGGUUUCGGCGAGUUUAAGGAAUGGCUUGAUAAGCAUGCUGAGUAUGAAGCUGUAGUGGAUGGAGCGAACAUUGGAUUUUAUCAACAGAACUUUGCAGAAGGCAGAUUCAGCCUUUCUCAGCUCAAUACUGUUGUCAAAGAACUUUAUGAGAGAAGCCAAAAGAAAUGGCCGCUUGUUUUACUUCAUACCAAGCGUGUUCGGGCACUCAUGGAGAUCCCUUCCAAUCGAGAGCUAAUUGAGGAAUGGAGAGCUCGAGGCGCCUUGUACACAACACCAACUGGGUCCAAUGAUGAUUGGUAUUGGUUAUAUGCAGCAGUCAAGCUCAAGUGUUUGCUCGUGACAAAUGAUGAGAUGAGAGAUCACAUUUUUGAACUCUUAGGCAGCAGCUUUUUUCUCAAGUGGAAAGAGCGCCAUCAAGUCCGGUUUACAUUCGUGAAGGGUGAUUUGAAACUUCAGAUGCCGCCCUCAUAUUCCACAGUCAUCCAAGAGUCAGAGAAAGGAUCAUGGCACAUUCCCAUAGAAGGAGAAUGUGGCAGUGAGGAAUUGAGGACUUGGCUUUGUAUAACCAGGCGGAAAAUAGAUGGUCCGGGUGAAAUUCCUAUCAGCUUGGAUGCUCAUUUAAAUGGCCCAAUCGCUCGGUGCAACCAAAAAGCAGCUGAUUGUGGUACCAUCGUUGCAGAGAAUGAUAUACAGAACUUCUCUACUGCAUCUCAACUUCUUGGUGAUAAGACUUCAGUUGUGACAGGCAAGAGAAAAGAUAGAUCUCCUUCUCCUCCUAGACUUCAAUAGCAACCGCUGCAAAACCAUUGGCGUUUGGGGUGCAUGUUCAUGAUUAGAGUUUAUCCAAGGAGGCGAUGGUGGAUUGGCACUUUUAGUAUUGAGUAAUUGCAUAUUUGAAGCAUAUAUGUAGAUGAGCAGAAUUUUCGAGUUUGUGGGGGCAGAUGUUUGCAAGCUCAACAUGACUAAAUCCAGUCAAUCAAUGGCCUGUUUGUGUGGCCACUGAUAUUCGGAUUGGAUCAUUUGGGGUGGCUUAGAUGGUCGGAACUGCAUGAUGUGGCCCUGCUCCAAUUCUAAUGAUGGGACAAGAACGGCUAUGAGUGUUUUCAUUGCAGCUGCUACUUUUACGUGGAGAUUUUGGCAUCUGCCGGGACGGCCGAACUCCAAAAGGGCCAUGUGUGUGGUAGCUGCUGGGUUUGUAAUUUAUUUAAACAUUGAAUUUUUGAGCUGAUAAUUCUUAGUUGAAGUAGGAGAUAGAAAGUCUCAUUAAACAACGGUUUGAUUGGGCGUUCCAUGGGUUGGCCUGGUAUCUGGACUGUUUAUCGAGUUGAUAAUUUAUCUCCUCAGGUGAUGCUUUUGCUUUCCAAA